AUUUCAAUUCUCAGAUUGUCUAUUUACAAGUCUCAAUAAUUAUUUAUCUUGAAAAGUGAUCUCCAUUAACGAGCAUCAUGCCAAAGACUAUCAAUGUCCGGGUUACUACGAUGGAUGCUGAGCUGGAGUUUGCCAUCCAGCAAAGCACAACUGGCAAACAGCUUUUCGAUCAGGUUGUCAAAACCAUUGGCCUCAGAGAGAUCUGGUUUUUUGGCUUGCAGUAUGUUGAUUCUAAGGGUUAUACUACAUGGCUGAAAUUGAAUAAAAAAGUUACAGCCCAAGAUGUUCGCAAGGAAAAUCCACUGCAGUUUAAAUUCAGGUGCAAGUUUUUCCCUGAAGAUGUUGCUGAUGAGCUUAUCCAAGAAAUUACUCAAAAGCUGUUUUUCUUGCAAGUGAAGGAAAGCAUUUUGAAUGAUGAAUAUUACUGUCCUCCCGAGACAUCAGUACUGUUAGCUUCUUUUGCAGUUCUUGCAAAAUAUGGUCCAUAUAUGAAGGAUAGACAUGGACCAAAAUAUUUGUCUAAAGAUCGACUUUUGCCGCAGAGAGUAUAUGAACAGCAUAAACUUACCAAGGAUGAAUGGGAAGAACGUAUUCAAACCUGGCAUGCGGAACAUCGGGACAUGGCUCGAGAUGACGCUAUGAUUGAGUAUCUGAAGAUUGCUCAGGAUUUGGAAAUGUAUGGAGUAAAUUAUUUUGAAAUUCAGAACAAAAAGAAAACCCAUUUAUUUCUGGGGGUAGAUGCUCUUGGCCUGAAUAUAUAUGAGAAGCAUGACAAACUCACUCCCAAAAUUGGAUUCCCUUGGAGUGAAAUUAGAAACAUAUCAUUCAAUGACAAAAAGUUCGUCAUUAAGCCAAUCGAUAAAAAAGCCCCGGAUUUUGUGUUUUAUGUUGAACGUUUACGCAUCAACAAACGUAUCCUUGCCCUCUGCAUGGGAAAUCAUGAGUUGUACAUGAGACGCAGAAAACCAGACUCAAUCGAAGUGCAGCAGAUGAGAGCACAAGCUCGUGAAGCAAAACAUCAAAAGAAACAGGAGAGAGAGCGCAUGGAACGAGAACACGCUAAUUACAUGGCAGCUCUUCAAGCACAGCAGGAAGCGCUUAAUGAAACCGAAAGAAUAAAAAUGUUGCUGGAAAAAGAGAAGCUCAACAAUAGAGAGUUACUGGAACGUCAGGAAAAGCAAAUGGAUGAACUGAAUGCUGUGAGAAGGGGAAUAGAACAGGCAGAAAGAGAAAGAAAGGAGACUGAACUUGAACGUCAAAGGGUGAUGGAAGAGUAUGAGCGAGCUAAACAACGCAAUGCUGAGGAAAGCACUCGCAAUAUUGAAAUGGAGGCAGAUAUUCAGAAAUACCUUUCUGAUUUGGAAGCUCUGAAACAAAAGGAGUUAGAAAAAGAGCAGGAUGCUGAGAAAUGGAGAAGAGAGGCUGAAUUAAUGCAGGAGCAAGUUGAAAAAACCAAAGAGGAACUUGACAGAGCAAAAGAAGAAGCUCAAAAACAGAUGUUACCUCCACCACCUGUGGAAAUAGAAGUGGAGUCAAUGGAGCUGGGUGGUCCCGGCGAAAAUGACCGGAGUGAAGAGGAUAGAUUGACUGCUCAAAGUAAGGAUAAGGCUCUUCAAGAACAGCUGCUAGCUCUGAAAUCUGAAUUGGCAAAUCUUAAAGACCAGAAUAAAAACACAGACAUGGAUAUCCUCCAUCAAGAAAAUGUUAAAGCUGGACGAGAUAAAUACAAAACCCUCAAGCAGAUCAGAUGCGGAAAUACAAAGCAAAGAAUUGACGAAUUUGAGGCGCUAUGAGAAGAGAUUCAUGAUGUAAUGCGACAUCCAUGUCACAAAUUUAUUAAAAAGAUUUCUCAAUUUGUAUAUUAUUGCCUAAUCGAGUAUGGCAGUAUCACAUCGUGUUAUGUCUCUGCCUACUAUUAUCGAUUUUGAACUUGAUUUUUAGUUUGAUGACUGCACGCCUGCAGCACUUUGCAAACAACUGAGCAUUUGUAUCAUAAUAUUAGGGAAUUGUCCAUUAAUUUUAGGGCCAAACAGAUUUUAUACAAUCUUGUCACAGUAAUUUGAGAUGAUUCAUGAAUAUUUUUUUUUACACGGUCUGCUGAUGGUGUAGCUUAUGAACGCACUAUCAUAUGCAGUCCAUAUUCUCUAGGGAAAGCAGCUAAAUUUUAAGAUAUCAACUAUCAGACUGAUGCACUCCUUAUUCAUCCAUCUUUUGUUCCAUGAUUUUGUCAAGCGUUUUUUCUUAAAUUGUCCCAAUCCCAUUUUGGCUAUAUCUUGGUUAUAUCGUCUAUGUUAUUACAAAUAUUAGCUUGGCAGGGCACCUGGCAUAGUUUUUUUUUUUUUGUUAUUUCAAUAAGUCUGUUUAUGUGAUUGUAGCAAAUGAUUAAACAUUUUGUUUAAUUGAGUUAGAUUCCCUGAUUUUUCAUCAUACCAGCCUCAGAUACUUUUUAGUUUGAUCCAGUCUGUUGAAUUUGAUAUCCUAGCAAACCUCCUAUUUGUCUAAAAAAUAAAAGAUUUCACACAAAAAAACUGUUAGUAGCAGAUUUGUCUGCUGGUGCAUAUAUAUUAUCAUACCUUUAUGUAAUAUGUUUUUCUUUUAGUUUCAUUUUCUAAUUAAUGUUCUUUACCAAAUUGAUUUUGCUGGUGAAUGCUUGAUAAUGUAAAUGAUUUCUACUUUAGGCAGAUCAAAUGUAUUAUUGUAUUUUAUUUUUAUUUUGUUAGUUCAUACCUAUCAUUCAACAACACUACUUGAAACAUUAGAAUAUAUGAUUUGAACGGUACUUGUCAAAAAAUAUACCUUGAAAUAUAUGUAACAAGGGUGAGCAAAACUAUUUCUGACUGAAUAAUUCAGGAUCUUGUCUACCAAAACCAUUUCACUCCAGCCUCAAAAUAAAUGUUCAUUUUUGUCCACUCAAGCAUGCAUGGGCCAUUGAUGAAUAAACGACCAUAACAGUCAUGAGCCUAAACUUCGUCUGGUAUCUGUUUUAGGUAUGAAGUCGGAAAACAUGAUCGCAUAUUAUAUUUGAUCCACGAAACACAAAAUAUUAAUUAAUCAUCCUUAGCCAGAACUGGAAUUUAACGAUCACACUGGUGCCAAAUUUGCUAUUGUUUCACUCAUAGGAAUAGAAGCUUAAAAUUUUUGUGGCAUUUUGUUUACGGCCUUCUGUAUUAAUAUAUGGUGAAUUCAAUUUAAUUUACCUUAUAAUCAUGUAAAAGUAGUUUUAUGUAAUAUAUACUUUUCCUUUUUUUCUCCAUUUUUUGUUAAAUUUCCACCACUAGAAUCUGAUGGCCACAGCAUUUCUCAAUCGUUCCUUAUGAUAUUAAUUGUUAAGAUUUUCAAUGACCGAAAUGAGUUAUCAAAUGAAAUAGCUGCUGAUAAUUUCUUUAUUCUUUCAUACAAUUAUUGUAGGCUUGUUAUUUUCAUAUUCUGUCAUUCAAUCUAUUAAUUUUAAUGCUCACAGUUUAUCUGAUCUUGGAACUAAUUUCAAGAUACUAUGUGUCCAUUUCAAAAAAUAUUCGUUACAUAUGACUACAUGUUAUCUAAAUUUUUCGUUCCUAAAAAUAUUGUCUAAACUUUCAGGCAAAAGAGGUUGUGCCAUUCAAAUGUUAAAUAUUCAAGUGUUUGAGAACUCUUUCAUAUCAUAGAUUGUACAUCUCAUAUAUGUGAUGAAAUGAUUAAAACCAACCAAGAUGCUUUUUCUGAAAAAUUUAUUUCGAGUCAACAAUUUUAAUUUAGACAAGUGUAAAUUAGCUAUACUGAAUUCUUGAAGGUAAAAUGAAUCCAAUGUUCAUAUGGAGAAUUUGUUUUGUGAACUCACUCUCAAAGUACUGUGUUCGCAUCAGCAACCUGUCAGAAUCAGCAUCUCACUGGUUGAUUGUUUCCCAGUAUUAUUAUGGUCACACUAGGUAUUUUCCCUACAUUAUUGUGUCAUAUUUUAGCCAAACAGGUCUAUUUAAUUACAGCAUACAUAUAUUCGAGAAUUGAGAUUGCAAUUGCAUAUUUUUUUUUAUAUAUCAAGACCCUAUUACAUAUAUAUAUAUUUAAGCUCUGCCUGAAACUUUUUUAGGACUAAUAAUGACUAUGAUGGUAGGAUAAAGAUUUGUUUGUGUCCACUUUCAUUUUUUUUUCUUCUAAUUAAUAUGUGUAGCAAUUACGGUGAUGCCCAAGCUAGAACACUUAAACAUUUCAGAGGGUUGGUGACCAAAAAAAUUGAUAUUUUGCAUAAAUAUGUGGCUAUUUCAUGAUGUGUGCUCAUAUAACAAGGGAAGAAGUAAUUCAAAAUUUUGCAAUCCUAUUUUGGGCAUCACUUAGGCAAGAAUCUAUCACAGCCGAUUUUUCAUUGUAGAAUUACAUUAGAUGCCGGUACAAGGUAGUAUAGUAGUGAAGUAAUAUCAUUUUUUGUAGCUUAUAUACCAGUCAUGCAAUGUCACUCAUUUUUCUCAGCCGUUUUCAUUCAUGGCCAAACACUGUUUGUUUUUCUGUCCCAUGGAUAAAGUACACAUUACCAUACAAAGGUCUCAUUUAAGGAAUGUUUGUUUACCCACUUACGGUAUCCCCUAGUGGGAUUUUGUCUCGUGAUGGGUACUAUACAGUUUUCUUCUUCUGAUAUGGUUCCAUCUGUCCUUGAGGUGAACAAAUAAGUUUAUAACGGUACAAAAGUGAAGCAUUAUGUUUUGGUAAUUGGAUCACAGCCCCCCCCCCCCCCUCCAACCAUGAUAAAUACUAUUCUCCUGCUAUUUAUAAAACAUACUAGUCACACGUUUUUUUUUUCUAAGUUUAGCCGCAUUCCAUGUCGUUAUGGUGUGAAUCGGUAUAUAUUUCAUCUGUAGAACUCAAUCAAACAAUGAUAAUGCCUACUCUCCACAAAUAAUGAAUAAAAUUUGAUGAACAACGAUGAAAAUUA